AUGGGAGCAGUCCAUGCAGUGUCCCUGAAGUACGUGGGGCUUGCCGGCAUGGCGGCGACUGCUGCCCGAAUGAUAACGCCCAGUGAUGUGGACCGCUGGCUCAGCGUCGACGACCCUGACUGGGCCAGCAUCUGCAACAUUCAACUGCUCAUGGGGUUGUACCUCUACAACGUGAGCUUCAUAAAUGCAGUCAUUGCGCUCCUCUUUAAUUUGCGACUAGGUAUGAGCAUUUUGGGAAAGGACCCUGUUUCGGGCUCUGUCCCACUUUGGUCUUACGUGCUCUUCUUUGGCUUCCACGGGCCUACAUUUCUCUACACGAAGAUCCAGCGAGAGCGCGACCGCAAAAGCGGUGUGGCGCCGGCUGAUGAAGUCGAGCCUGGCUGGUGGGUUGGUGGCCGCUACAGCAACGAGCUUGGCAAGCGUUGGGCCGGAAACAUUGACCUUACCUGCGAGUUUCCAGAGACUUCGACUCAGGACAGGUAUCUGCUUAUUGAGUGCUGGGAUGGCGUGCCACCUACACCCGAUCAGCUUGAGGAAGCGGCACAGUUCGCUGUAGCUGCGCACGAGCGUGGAGAUGUGCUAGUUCACUGCGCUCACGGCCGUGGGCGGUCAACAACCACUCUCUGUGCCUGCUUAGUCCGCGCUGGUCUCUACCCCACCUGGGAGGAGGCUUUUCACGCCAUCAAGCAAAAGCGGCGGGUGGUAAAGCUGAAUCGAUCGAUGCGCGUGGCCUUGACAGAAUGGCAAGCAAAGUACAGCAGCAAGGUCAAAUAG